GUCAGCAUUUGUCUCUUUUUUUUGAUCCGCAUCAGCAUUUGUCUGUUUAACGUAGGACUCCCACCCCUGUAAUCCCACCACUAUUAUUCGUGGAUUAAAGUUGGAUUUGUCCCUUAUGAAAUACCCCUACUAUAUCUAUCACAUGUGACAGCCACAAUUCCACAGUGUCAUAGCUAACCAAAACAACGAUACACCAAAUUGAUGAAAACAGUUAUGGCUCUGAGAUUCUCUCUCCUCGUUCUCUCUCCUGUAUUUCUGCUCUGUUGCUGCCAUGGAAUCAAAGCGCACCAAGAUGGAGAAGACCCAACAACGAUCAAGACUAUGCAAGAUUUCUCUGGGUACCCAAUUCAGGAACCCCAUUUCCCUAACUCUUUAUCCUUGCUAUCAGUGGACACCCUAAGCUUACAGAAACAGAUUGAUGAGCUGUCAGCAUUCUCGGAUACACCUGCACCGUCAGUUACAAGGAUCCUGUACAGUGAGAAGGACGUAUUAGCUAGGAGUUUUAUCAAAAACUUAAUGGGGUUUGCUGGUCUCUCUGUUAGAGAGGAUGCUGUCGGCAACAUAUUUGGUCGGUGGGAUGGCUAUGAACCAGAGCUAGCUGCAGUUUCAACAGGUUCUCAUAUUGAUGCAAUUCCUUACUCUGGGAAGUAUGAUGGAGUUGUUGGUGUUUUGGGUGCCAUUGAAGCCAUUAAUGUACUGCAAAGGUCCGGUUUUAAGCCAAAGAGGUCCUUGGAAGUGAUCAUGUUCACCUCAGAAGAGCCUACACGUUUUGGGAUCGGCUGCUUGGGAAGCCGUUUAAUGGCAGGGAGCGAGGCACUUGAGAAAGCUCUCAAGAAAACAGUUGACAGUAAAAAUAUAUCUUUUCUUGAUGCUGCAAGAUCUGCUGGCUAUGCAAAAGGUGAAGAGGACUUAUCCAGUGUUUUUCUAAAGAAAGGAAUUUACUCCGCUUUUGUGGAGUUGCAUAUAGAGCAAGGUCCUAUUCUUGAGGAAGAAGGUAUUUCUAUUGGUAUUGUGACUGCAAUAGCUGCUCCUGCAAGCAUCAAAGUGGAUUUUGAAGGCAACGGUGGCCAUGCAGGCGCUGUGCUGAUGCCAAAUAGAAAUGAUGCAGGUCUUGCUGCUGCAGAAUUAGCACUAGCUGUGGAGAAACAUGUGUUGGACUCCGGGUCCAUUGAUACCGUUGGUACAGUUGGUAUCCUUGAGCUGCAUCCUGGAGCAAUCAACAGCAUCCCAAGCAAGUCGCACCUGGAAAUAGAUACACGAGACAUUGAUGAAGACCGAAGAAAUACUGUGAUUGAGAAAAUACAUCAUUCUGCUUUAGCCAUAGCCCAAAAACGGGAUGUCAAGCUCUCAGAAUUCAAAAUUGUCAAUCAGGAUCCACCAGCCCUUUCUCAUGACUCGAUUAUUAAGGCAAUGGAAGCAUCAUCGCAAGAGCUAAAGUUGGCUCAUAAGUUGAUGAUAAGCAGAGCUUACCAUGAUUCCCUAUUCAUGGCCAGAAUAUCUCCAAUGGGAAUGAUAUUCAUUCCAUGUUACAAAGGAUACAGCCACAAGCCUGAGGAAUUUUCCUCCAAUGAGGAUAUAGCAAACGGAGUCAAGGUUUUAGCAUUAACACUCGCCAAAUUAUCCCUGUACUGACGUUGCUCAAGCAAGAUGAAUUUCUUUUUCCUUUCAUCAUCGUUCACAUCUUCGCACUUGUAUAAGAGCAUGUUUUCGAGACAAUGAACCUGUAUCUUGUUUUCA